AUGUAUAAUUUUAAUAAUAGUAUAAACAACAACAAUAAUACGAAUAAUAAUAACAAUGAUAACAAUAACAACAACAAUGAUCAACAAAACCAACCUCAACCUCAACCUCAACCUCAAUCUAUCAAUCAACCACCAAGAUUUGAACAUGUCCAUCCAGCAGCCUUUGGAAUGUUCCCACCACCCUCACUGCAUCACUUUCAACAACAACAGCAUCUACAACAACAGGGAAUAGUACCACAUCCUCUUCCUCCACCACCACCAUCUCCAAGUCAAAUCUACUAUAACCCCGAUGACGAUCCAGCCACUAGAACUCCACCAUUUCCAAUUAUUCCUCCCUUUGUGCCUCCACCGGUCUAUCAUCCUCCUCCACCUACUCUAUUGGCCUUUCCAUUCCCUGCUCCACAAUAUUUUGGCUCUAAUCACUCUGGAAUCAAUACCAUCGAUAAUUUGGACAACGAUCAAUUUGGUUUUAGUUACCCUGACUCUCCUCCAACAACGACUAGUACCACCUCUACUCCUCUCCCUGCUCGAAAUUUGAAAAGAAAGAAGAAGAGUGCUAAAAAACAUCCAGUUAGUUCAAAUUUGGGAGAGGUGAGACAAAGAGAAAGAGAUAUUGGAAGGGUUUCAGCAGGUCCAAUCAAGAGAAAGAAAGUUGAACCUAGAAGACCACGACCACGACCACCAUCGCCACCUCCCCCUCCAUCACAACCACUACCACCACCACCUCCACCUCCAAUACAACAACAACAACAACAACAAAUACCAAGAGGGAGGAUCGGUAAAAAUCUUAUACUUAGAUUACUAAAGGAUAGAGAAUCUGCCAUCAAUAACACUCGUUACAGCCUCGAAUGUAGAACAGUUCUUGGAUCCUUGCCAUCUGUUAUCUUUCCACAACAGAGAGUGCCAUCUACCAAUAAUGGUGAUCCCAAAUCCGACGACGAUAAUCGCUCUUGUGUCGCCACACCCCAAGCUGACUAUGUACCAUCUUCUAGAGAGAUCCAAGAUAUCCUAGAUCGUACAUAUCCAGACGGUCCUAUUAUUUAUACUGAUGACGAAGAAGAAGAAGAGGAAGACUAUACUGAUACGUCCUUUCCUGAUUCCAGUUCUCCACCAACUCUGUAUGUAGAAAUAACUGGUCCAUCGGAAUCAAAUGGACAAGAGGAGGAGGAGGAGGAGGAGGAGGUGACCACCACUACCACCACCAAUACCACCAUUACCCCCUUUACAAAUACUGAUCUACUGACAGUAGAACAACAAGAUACAACUAUCGCUCCAUUCACAAAUGCUACAAUGGAUGUUGGACAGGCCAUUGAUACCACUCUUCCCCUUCUUACUUUUACCGAUAAUACUGCAAUGACAGCAGCAACAGGACAAGUGGCGGGUAUAGGCACCAUACCAAACAUUGAAAUCCAAUACUAUGAUGCAGAGUUUUUACAUAGAAUGUCUACAUUCUUGGGAAUGGUACCACCCUCUUCACCAUCAUCUCCCUACCCAUAA